CAUUAUUGAAGCUAAUACAGGUGUCCAGAAAGUGAGAGAAAGUGAGAAAAGAGCAGGAAAUUACAGAGAAUUCAUGUGAUAUUGGGGGCUUGAGUUGAGCUUCAUAUUGACUGUUGAUUAAAUUUUGUUUUUGUUGCUUGUUUUUGUGGUUAUCACUAUCAAGCAAUAUCAAAGACAACAACAAAGAAGAAGAGAAAAGAAAGGAGAGAAAACUGGGGAAAGUGAUCGUUUUGGAGAUCUGGGUUUCCAGGUUUAAUGGGAAAAAGGAUGAGGUUUCAGCAUCAGAAUCAUUAUUAUCAGCCUCUUAGAAGAGAAGCAAUUGCUGGGUUAUUUGUGUUGCUUCUCCCAGUUUUUUGGCUUUGUUUGUUUACUUCAUUCACCAAUGCUUCCUCUUCUACGUUAUUGGAGUCUAAUGUCAUGAAACCUCGACAUUUACCUUUACUCACAAGCGCCUUACAACGUGAAAGCUCCAAUGGAGAACCAUCUGAUCUCUGGUCUCCUUUGGCUGACCAAGGGUGGAGACCAUGUCUUGAAUCCGUAAACGCCCCAUCGCUGCCCCUGAAAUCUGAAGGAUAUCUUCAGGUCUUUCUUGAUGGAGGACUCAACCAGCAAAGAAUGGGGAUAUGCGAUGCUGUUGCAGUUGCUAAAAUACUAAAUGCAACACUUGUGAUCCCACAUCUUGAAGUAAAUCCGGUUUGGCAAGACUCAAGCUCAUUCAUGGAUAUAUUUGACGUGGAUCACUUUAUUAAUGUAUUGAAAGAUGAUGUAAUGAUUGUCAAAAAGCUGCCCGAGGAAUUCUCUUGGAGCACAAGAGAGUAUUAUGCCACUGCUAUUCGAGCCACCAGAAUUAAACGAGCACCUGUUCAUGCAUCUGUAAACUGGUACCUCGAGAACGUCUUGCCUGUACUUGAAAGCAAUGGGAUUGCUGCAAUUUCUCCAUUCUCUCACCGUUUGUCUUUUGACAACUUGCCAAGUGAAAUCCAGAAACUGCGUUGUAACGUCAACUUUAAAGCACUCGUUUUUGUUCCACACAUUCGUGCACUCGGAGAUGCCCUUGUCCAUCACCUCAGGUAUCCUCCGGCUGAGAGUCAAGCACUUGCCAUUGACGAUCUUACAGGAAACACUCAUCAAAAUGACAAACAAAGACCGCAGAAAUUUGUAGUAGUACACCUUCGGUUUGAUAAGGAUAUGGCUGCUCAUUCGGCCUGUGAUUUCGGUGGGGGUAAAGCCGAAAAGUUAGCUCUGGCCAAGUACCGACAAACGAUUUGGGGAGGGAGGGUUCUCAAUUCUCAGUUUACUGAUGAAGAGUUGAGAAGUCAAGGUCGUUGUCCAUUGACUCCUGAGGAAAUCGGACUGCUGCUAGCAGCUUUAGGUUUUGAUAAUAGUACCCGUCUUUAUCUUGCUUCCCACAAGGUAUACGGUGGGGAAGCUAGGAUUGCCACUCUACAUGAGCUGUUUCCGAUGAUGGAAAGCAAAAAGAGCCUUGCAUCACCGGAGGAAAGGGUCCAUAUAAAAGGAAAGGCUUCGUUGUUAGCAGCGGUUAAUUACUAUGUGGGUUUGCAUAGUGACAUCUUUGUCUCAGCUUCUCCGGGGAACAUGCACAAUGCGUUGAUGGGACAUCGAACGUUCGAGAACAUGAAGACGAUCAGGCCAAACAUGGCUUUGUUGGGCCAACUCUUCCUUAACAAAAACAUGACUUGGUCGGAAUUCCGUCAGGCAGUGGUUGAAGGACACCAAAAUAGACAAGGGCAGCUGCGGUUGAGGAAACUGAAACAGUCCAUAUAUACAUAUCCGGCUCCUGAUUGCAUGUGCCAAGCUUAAUUAGCCCCUAAAUCUCAUUUUAUUUGUAUGCUUACCCUUGCUGCAAUUAUUAUUUGUUGCUUGUGUACUUGGUAUCAGAAAUAAGAUGCAACCCCAUUUCUCCCACUAAUAAAAAUAUCAGAUCUACUCUUCUUUGUUAGUAUUGUGUAGUAGCUCUAUACAUCCACCGUAGUAUUUAUGUCGAGAAUGGGGUUGUCGUCAACAUCGAAUUGUCUCGUGUAUGGACUGCGGAGUGGAGUAUGCAUAGCUCUGCCAGUGAAGCUGUCUGUACAACUUUUUUGUGCACGUGUAUUAAAUAA